AUUAUCAUCAGAUCAAUAGAAGAGAAACAGCAUCGAACCAUCAGAUCUCAGAAGGAGAAUGUCAGGUUCGACAAUGGUGGGAGAUUCAAGCUCCUGGUCAAGAGCACUCCUCCAGAUUUCUCCCUACACUUUCUCCGCUGUCGGCAUCGCCAUCGCUAUAGGCGUCUCCGUCCUCGGCGCGGCAUGGGGAAUUUACAUAACCGGAAGUAGUUUGAUCGGUGCCGCAAUCAAGGCUCCUCGUAUCACUUCCAAGAAUCUCAUCAGUGUAAUCUUCUGUGAAGCUGUUGCUAUAUAUGGUGUUAUUGUUGCAAUUAUUUUACAAACAAAGUUAGAGAGCGUUCCAGCAUCAAAGAUUUAUGCACCGGAAUCACUUAGAGCAGGAUAUGCAAUCUUUGCCUCUGGAACUAUUGUUGGCUUUGCAAACCUUGUUUGCGGAUUGUGUGUGGGAAUCAUUGGAAGUAGUUGUGCAUUAUCUGAUGCCCAGAACUCCUCACUUUUUGUGAAGAUUCUUGUGAUCGAGAUCUUUGGAAGUGCACUUGGAUUGUUUGGAGUGAUUGUGGGAAUAAUUAUGUCAGCGCAAGCAACAUGGCCUUCCAAAACAGCUUAGUUUGUUCUGUUCUGACCAUAUAUAAGGACACUUGAAUCUUAUGAGAAAGCGAUCUACUAUUUUAUGUAACUGAAAUGAACUUGUUAUCUUCUUGUAUUCAUUGUUAGUAGGCUUGUAGCAACUAGAGUUAAGAUGCUUACCUAUUGACCCACUUUUGAUGUAUGUUUUUACUGCAUUGUCCAUUAUGAAAUAAAGGUUUUUUUAGCAG